CAUUAUAUUUAAUCUAUAUUACCUUAAAAAACUUUGUUCCCUUGUAAAUGAAGCGCACAACCCACACAAAUGAUCAUUAUGAUGCUGAUAAUAUCUUAUUUUUGACACAAUACGAAUUCACCAACCAACUAUUGCCCACCAAACGAAACCCUUCUCUCUUCGUUUCUCAGGAACAAGAUUCCAUGGCUGCUACUGCUACUGUAAUUCCCUCAACUGACAAAGAUACAUGGAGAGCACAUGGCGCCAUGGCUUUGGUUCAGUUGUUCUACGGAGGUUAUCAUGUAAUUACCAAAGUAGCCCUCAAUGUUGGAGUCAACCAGCUCGUCUUUUGUGUUUAUCGUGAUCUUCUUGCUCUCUCUAUUCUUGCUCCCGUUGCCUAUUUUCGUGAAAAAAGAAUCCGUCAACCUAUGACUAGACGCUUCCUCUUGUCAUUCUUCUUUCUUGGGUUAACAGGGAUAUUUGGGAACCAGCUUUUGUUUCUUAUUGGUCUUAGUUACACCAAUCCAACUUAUGCUGCUGCCACACAACCUGCAAUUCCUGUGUUCACGUUUCUCUUUGCUGUGAUGAUGGGUACAGAAAGAGUAAAUUUGCUCAAAACCGAAGGUCAAGCAAAGGUUGGCGGUACCCUUGUCUGUGUUUCUGGUGCUAUAUUAAUGGUUCUAUUCCGUGGUCCAGCUUUGUUUGGAAAUAAGAACCAAGAAUUUGUAGUGCACAGUGAAAUAAGUGCAAGGGGUCAACCAGAGCCUGCUGGAUGGUUCAUGUCCAGUUUUCUGGUGAUUGGAUUUGAUCAGUGGCACCUUGGAGUUUUAUGCUUAAUAGGGAAUUGCAUAUGCAUGGCUGCUUUUCUAGCCAUUCAGGCACCACUUUUAAAGAAAUAUCCAGCCAGCCUGUCUGUCACAGCAUAUUCAUAUGUUUUUGGUGCUGCUUUGAUGGUAAUAACAGCGUUCUUUAUGACCAAUGAAUCAACAGACUGGAGUUUGACACAGUCUGAGCUGUUUGCAGUCAUCUAUGCGGGAAUUGUUGCAUCUGCUAUCAAUUAUGGACUCUUGACAUGGUCCAAUAAGAUCUUGGGGCCAGCUUUGGUUGCAUUGUACAAUCCACUUCAACCUGCAGCAUCUGCCUUCCUGUCAAGAAUUUUCCUUGGAAGCCCUAUUUAUUUGGGAAGUGUUUUAGGGGGAUGUCUAAUUAUUGCGGGUCUGUAUUUGGUCACCUGGGCAUCCUAUAUAGAAAAACAAGCAGCUCAGGGGCUCAUUGCUCAUGUUAGUCGGCCUUCUGAACCGCUCAUUCACAAAGACGCAUCAAGUAACAAGAUUCCUCAUCAGAGAGGACAUGUUUUAUCUCCAAAAUCAAGAGACUAGACAAAAACUAUGAUGAGAUUUGAUGUAAAGUUAAUUGUCAUAGAUGACAGUUACUAUUGAUAUUGUUGGAACAAUAUAGCAGUUCUUGGAAGGACAGUUUUCCAGUCUCCCUUUCCUUUGGAUAUUCCAGCGAUUACUUAUGUCA